CUUCUCUCUCUGGACUCCUUGGCUCAGAGCAGCAUAUCUCCAUCACUGGCAUUCACCAUCACUAUGAAGGGCUUCACUGCUUUUGCCAUCCUUGCUCUAGCAGCCACUGCUUGGGCUACCUCGCCAUCUGGCAACUUUGCACUUCUAACUGUGCAAUUUGUUCUUUCUCCAACUCCUCCUCUUCAAUUGACUCUUGCUUCACUCUCUUCUGGUGAUCAAACAAAAGGAACAAAGGUGAACUGUUCCAGAUACAUUAAAGGCUUAAAGACUGCAUGCCGAAGAGACUGGAGACCAAUAUGUGGCACAGAUCAGAAAACUUACAGUAAUGAAUGCAUGUUUUGCAUGCAAAACCAGUAAGUAGAUCAAGAAUUUCAACUCAGAAAACUUCAUGAAGGUGAAUGUAUUCAGUGUACCAGGUAUUCUGAGGCAUGUACCAUGGACUACAAACCUCACUGUGGAUCUGAUGGAAAUGUAUAUUCCAACAGAUGUACCUUUUGCAACGCUAUUGUGAAGAGCCAAGGUGCAAUUUGGUUGAAAAAUUAUGGACUGUGCUGAAUCUCCCUGAUGCUUAAGGAUAUCAAGUCUCCUUUGGCAGAUUCCACUUAGAUAACCAGUUUGUCUUGGAUGGCUGAGGAGGCAAGCAAUAAUCUGGUACAGACAUGGAUUUGAGUCUUCAAUAAAAUAUUCUAAGCAAGAAACUGACUAUCAGGCCUGUCUGUGGAUGUGAUUCUUCUCUUAAGGAGAAUAUCUAUGGUCAUUUUCCUAAGCUAAAAAUCAUAUAGAAAGAUUUUCUCUAUUUCUAUACAAAUUGGGAACUAGAUAUUAUACACACAAUGGUGAGAGGAGAAUAUGCUCAUAUCAUGUUUAAAAGACUCAAU